AUGACUCCAUGCAACAACCGAGUGUUUCUGUCCAAGCUCCUGAAGUUCACCAUCGGCACUGAUUGUGAAGAAGUUAUCAUCCACAGUGAUAUACUCAAAUCACAUUCAACGCCCUGGUUCGAUAGCGAUGGCGGUAGUUUUACUGGUGAUGAAUCUAUCAUAAUCGAGGACACAGAUAAACAUAUCUUUAGUCUUGCCUGUCAGUACUUGUACACUGGAGACUACUCUAUUACGAUUCCCGGCGACACGCCACCUCCCGGCCUGACAUUUGGUGGACGAGAAAAGGUGGAGCAGGCCCGUGUACUCGAAGGAUGCCUCUUUCGAGACACAGAGACGGUGGAACAAUUCGCGGACUACCUUGUACGGCGGAUUCAGCCACGGCCCUCUGAGGGUUCGCAGGGUAGCUAUAGUCCUACGAUGGAUUAUACCGAAAUGCUUCUCACCCAUGCUCGCCUUCAUGUUUUUGCCGCAAAAUAUGGACUAGAGGAGCUGCGUGACAUCUGCCUCUUCAAGAUGUUGCAUCUCCUGCGUACUUUCCCAAUAUGCCAGGAUCGCACUGGGGAUAUUUAUCCUACGAUGUCGGCUGGAGAAUCUGUUGGCGGCUUACUCGAUCUGUCGUAUGAAGAUUUUACGAAAAUUCAAAUGCCUCUUUACCAUGGCCCUACAGUUAAGAUAAAGAUCGGAGCCGCAACAUACGACGUCUCCAAGUCGCUUAUAUGCAAACACUCGCCGUAUUUUGCUGCAAUGUUCAAGGGAAAUUUUAAAGAAGGGGAAGACCAAUCAGCAGUGCUAGAAGAGGUUGAAGGAGUUGUUUCAAAUAGAAGCAUUCAAUUGCUUCUCCAGUGGUUAUACCUUGGUCGGGUUAUUCUUGGCAAAGAAUCUCCAGCAGAGUGGAUAUCUGCUAUGAUUGAACUCGCAAGACUCGCAGACAUGUUAAGCAUUGAUAGCAUGGAGUCGCCGAUAACUGAGUAUAUCCGAUCAACUAUUUUGGCCAAUCCUACCCCAGACAAUAGAUGGUUUAGAGACCCCAAUACAAAUGUCCACCACAUCACUCCUGGGAAUAUUGACGCAGCGAGUCAUUUACCUAAGGAACACUCAGUUCGAAUGCUACUUGUUAAAGCAGCAAUAGAGGCGUACCUACGCUGCGAUGACUUUAAGUUCUCCGAAGAACUCCGAAACGUACCAGAUUUUGCAGCGGAUAUUCUAGGGGAGUUGAAAAUAGCUCUUAAAAGCGUUACGCUCGAGCAGUAUACACCUUGCCACUUCAAGGACCCUUUGAGCGGGGAAAAGCUACGCUUUCUUGGAUAA